ACCACAAAUAUUAAUAAUUAAUUAUUUACCUAAUUUCUAAUAUCUUCGAUUGCUUAAUAAUUGUCCAAGUAAAUUUACCAAAUUUACAAGGAAGUUGAUCGCCACUCGUUAGUUCGAAGGAACGCCAUUGUGAGCCAUAACGACUGUGUUGCAUGAUUAUUUUUGCUGGUACACUGAAAUAACUGAACAAACAAAAAAAUGGCGCAGGAAGCGGAUAUGCCCACUUUUAAAUGUGUGCUGGUAGGUGACGGAGGUACUGGAAAAACAACUUUUGUAAAACGUCAUCUUACGGGCGAGUUCGAGAAGAAAUACGUCGCAACACUUGGGGUUGAAGUUCAUCCCUUGAUUUUCCAUACGAAUCGAGGUCCUAUUAGAUUUAACGUCUGGGAUACCGCUGGUCAGGAAAAAUUCGGUGGUCUCCGUGAUGGUUACUACAUUCAAGGACAGUGUGCGAUUAUCAUGUUUGACGUUACGUCCAGGGUGACGUACAAGAAUGUACCAAACUGGCAUCGAGAUUUGGUGAGAGUUUGCGAAAAUAUUCCUAUUGUCCUCUGCGGUAACAAAGUUGACAUUAAGGACAGAAAAGUCAAAGCCAAGAGCAUCGUCUUCCAUCGGAAGAAGAACCUCCAGUAUUAUGACAUCAGUGCAAAAAGUAAUUACAAUUUCGAGAAGCCCUUCUUGUGGUUGGCGCGAAAAUUGAUUGGCGAUCCAAAUCUUGAGUUCGUUGCGAUGCCAGCACUUCUUCCUCCCGAAGUCACAAUGGACCCACAAUGGCAGCAACAAAUCGAAAAGGAUCUCAAAGAAGCCCAAGAGACGGCUCUACCAGAGGACGACGAAGAUCUUUAGGUUUAUUUUUUUCGUUAACACUCUUAAAUCCUCAAAUACAAACGAGGACCAAACACACGAGUAAUGAUUUUUUUGACAACUACUCACCUCGUUUGAUUCAAGAUUCACAUUUCUUUAACAAACUUUAAUUGUUUUCUCAUAUUUAGAAACUAAAAUUGAAUUUUUGAUUCGGGCUCUCAAAAAAAAAGCCAGAAAUAUUUCUCAUUCUGUGAUUCUAAAAAAAAGUAACUUUUUCAUAAAUGGAAUGCAAAAUUAGUUUUGUAAAGAAGAAUCUUCGGAUCGAAACGAUACAAGUUUGGAAGAAAAAAAAAAUUGCUUUCUUUUGUAAAGAAAACAAAAAAAAUUACAAAAAAAAAAAAUGAAACAGUGAGAAAAAAUACGUCAGUCGAGAAAAAACUCUGUCACUGUAAAACUUAAAUUAUUAAAUAAAAAGAAAAUUGCACAAUUCAGCAAUAAUUGCGGCAACAUUAACGCCACUCGAGUUUUUUUUCUUCUUUUUUUUACAUUAUACAUAAUAGGAAAUUGUUUGAAUGAUAAUUUUUAUUGGCUCCGCUUCAAGUGAAAGAGGUGUUUUGUUAAUUCAGAAAAAAAAUUUUUACUGGAUAAUAAUAUUUUCCAGUUUUGUUAUUAAAUGUCUGUUUUUCAAGUUACCGAGGACUGUUUACUAUUUUUAUAUAAGUAGAAGUGAAUGUAUGAUUAUUUUUUUUUUUUUUUUUGUUUUCAAAAUAUACACUUUUUUUUCAUUUUUGUUCUAUAAAAAUAACAACCGUUUGUGUCUUUUUGAAAACUAGUAGCGAAAAUGUUGCCUUUUGAUCGACGUAUUAAUUAAAGAGCGAAAUGUGUAAAGUCUGUAGUGUAAUAUUACAUUUUUUCCCUGGAUAAAAUAAUUUAGAAUCAAUGCGAAUAGAUCUGUGGAUUUAAUCUUGUUUGAUUUUAUAGAUAUGAGAGUUUGAUUGGACUACCUUGAGCGGAUUGUAUUUCUGAUGUCUGAAUUUAAUAAAAACGUGAAUGAUA